AUUGCUGGAAUUCCUUUGAAUGGUCUUAUAAUAUGCCUGUUUGUUAAAUCUUAAUCGGUAAUUUGUGCAACUUUUAUAUUCGAUGUGGGGGUUCUCUUUGCUAAAAUGACGUUUUGCCCCAUGAUUGUAGGUGAUAGUUAUAAUCGAGGAGAAAGAAUAGACAGUUCUAAAUUUCCGGCUGAUCCAGGCUUGCCAGCAGAAGAAUCCUCCUCUGAGAUAGGAGCACCUAUGAAUAAAGGAGUGAAUUCGACACCUGCAUACCGCUGCAAGAAAUGUCGGAGAGCUGUUGCAUUGCAGGAGAAUGUUGUGGAUCAUGUACCAGGGGAGGGGGAGACAUCUUUUGAGUGGCAUAAAAGGAGAGGUGGUGACCGUUUCAACAACUGUGAUGAGAUUGAGUGCUCAUCUGUCUUUGUUGAGCCUCUACGUUGGAUGGUCACAGUUGAAGAAGGUGCUUUGGAAGGAAAGUUGUCAUGUGCUCACUGUGAAGCCCGCUUGGGAUACUUCAAUUGGUCAGGCAUCCAAUGUAGUUGUGGGAGCUGGAUUACCCCAGCCUUUCAGCUACAUAAAAGCCGGGUUGAUAUCAGUACUGUGUAAUAUUCCUCCAGGUGAAAGCAGAUUGGCCUAUCAAGUAGGAUCUUCUCUGUGUUUUCUGUGCCGCACGCCUACUUAGCAUCAACCUUAUACGGUGGUACGAUAUCGUGAAUCCAGUACCAAUAAUACACUAUACAAUCUUAGAAGCAACCAUUACAAAGAUGAGUAUUGAAGGAUAAAUAUAUAUUGCUUUCUUCUUCCAUGAUGAUUUUGAUAACCUGCAGGAGGGAGCUGAAGCUGAAGUGCCAUAUCCUGUUCAUGGUCCACAGUGGACCAUGAACUUGUGUUUUAGAUAUCCUGAACUACUUGCUUGCAUGCAUUCUUCUGAUGUUGCCUUUGUAGGUUCACUGUAUGAGAAAUUAUUUUUCUUGUUUCUUGUGCGAGACUAUGAAUACAAGUAGGUGAUAUCAUGAAGCUGAACACAUUGUUGGAGGCAUAGACCCUUGUAUGUUUCAUAAUAAGAUUUGACAUUUAUUAAUGAAAAUUACCAGAUG